AUGUACAUUCGGGUUAAACGUAGUAAGACAACCUACUUCAUCCGGUGCAAGGCAUCUGAUAAAAUUCUUGACAUAAAGCAGAAGUUGCAAGAACUUGUUGAUCAGCCAGCUAAUAAUCAACGGUUAAUUCUACCUGAUACAAGGGAAGUGUUAGAAGACUCUAAGACUCUGGCAGAUCAAAAGGUUGAAAAUGAUGCUGUUGUAGCACUGACCUUGAAAAAAGAUGAUAAUGAGUUUGAGGAGGUCAACAUUGUCCAGCCCAACGAUUUCUACCAAGCUCGGGAUGCGGAUGGUGCCAGUUGGUAA